AAAAGAAGAAAAAGCAGUUACGCGAUAGAUUAAGUCUUGUAUCAUAUAUAGUUGCUUUUAUAGUAUUACAUCAGCAGGGCUAUAGAAUCGUCCAAUAUUCAGGAUGGUCUUAUAUGUUAAAGUGGCUAUUGAAUCUUGAAUAUUACCGUAUUAAAGAACAUUACAACAAUGGCAGAGUAAUCUUCAUUAAAAGUUCAGAAUAUACACGAAUUGACUAUUUCAAUUCUGGAGACUUCUAUUUUCAGAAAAAAGAUGUUAACAUAGAUUUCUCAGAUUUUAAUAAUAAUUGUGAGUACGUGCGCCGAGUUUUCCAGGUUAUAGAUUCUUUAUUAAAAUAG